AUGGAUAUCAUUCGUGAAGCGCCUAUUGGCCAAGUCAUUAGAUGGAUGACGCGUAAUAAAGUACUCCAAUAUCCAGAGGAGAGAACUGAUUUCGUGCUGCCAUUGCAGUAUCAAAGACUUUUGAAGCUCGCGGAAGAGACAACAUCGCAAGAAUGCGGUGCAUCUCAUUCAACUUCAAGAACCUCUGAAGUUAUUCAAAUCGACGAAGUAUCGCAAGCCAGGCUGCUCGCUCAUGGAGUUGGCGAUCUGGAGAGCCUGGAAUUGGCGAGGACGGUGACUACCGCCCGUACCGCGCCUUAUGGCGUUGCAAGAUUCCAAGCAGAGCAAAUAUUAGAGAUUCAACGCACCAAGUCGAUACCUAUCAUUCCACAGAAAACCGAAGAUGGUAUAAUCCUCGUCGACUGGUAUACCAGUGAUGAUCCGGCAAAUCCUCAAAACUGGUCGACAUUAAAAAAAAGCUUCGUUAUCUUCGUCAUUUGCAUGUACACCUGGGUUACAUAUCUGUCAGGAUCUCUUUUUGUUUCCGCAGAACCCGGAGUGGAGAAACACUUCGGAGUCAGUGCAAUAGCGGCCGAGCUUGGAUUAGCGCUUUUUGUGCUUGCCUACGGCGUUGGUCCCUUGAUUUUUGGACCUCUCACCGAGAUACCGGUAGUUGGGAGGAACCCAGUUUACGUCACUACCUUUGUCAUAUACUGGGCUUUAUCUUUUCCGACUGCAACUGCAAAGAAGUUUGGCGGUUUGUUAGCUCUACGAUUUUUUGGAGGCUUGUUCGGCAGUGCUGCGAUAGGUAUUGGAGGAGCCACAAUUGGGGAUAUGCUUUCCCUGAUAUACUUCCCCUACGGCCUUGGUUGGUGGAUUCUAUCUUUUUGGGCAGGACCUGCGAUUGGGCCUUCAAUUGGAAAUUUUCUUGCAGUCGGCAAAGAUUGGAGAUGGCCACUUUGGGAGAUCGUUUGGAUAUCCUCACCUAUGCUUGCUAUCAUAUUAUUCAUUACACCCGAAACUUCGACGCCAAACAUCUUGUUGAGGAGAGCUAAUCGACUCCGGAAAGUCACAGGCAAUGCAAAGCUCAAAGCUCAAAGCGAGAUUGAUCAACGAAACUUGACUGCCUCUGACAUACUAUUCGACGCGUUAAUCAAACCGUGUGAGAUCACGUUGAAAGAUCCUUCGAUUCUCUUCGUCAACGUCUAUACUGCCUUUUUCUACGCAGUCUAUUACACUUUCUUCGAAGUCUUCCCGCUAGUUUUUCCGCCAUUUUAUGGAUUCAAUUUCGGGGAAACAGGUCUCGCUUUUUUAGCCUGUUGUGUCGGCGCGAUCAUUGGGAUAAUCUCUUACUUUGCAUACCUAUACUGGUAUAUGGUCCCCGAUAACCUGAAGAAAGGCUUUCGAGAGCAAGAACACCGUCUGGUCCCUGCCAUCGUUGGCGCCUUCCUUCUACCGAUUGGAUUGUUUUUAUUCGCCUGGACCUCGAGGUCUUCUAUCCAUUGGAUAGUACCUCUCAUUGGCGUAGCAAUUUUCACAAUUGGAAUGUUCUGGAUUGUUCAGGGGCUAUUUGUUUACAUUCCGAUCUCUUACCCCAAAUAUGCAGCUUCUUUGUUCACUGCAAAUGACUUGGUCAGAUCUGGUUUAGCCGCCGGGUGCAUCCUCUUUGCGAGGCCGCUGUUCAUCAACUUGGGUGUCCACAAAGGCGUGACUGUUCUUGCAGGCUUGAGCAUUAUGGGCAUUCCUGGAACAAUUGUGAUGUAUGUGUUUGGCAAGAAGCUUCGUGCAAAGUCCAAGUUUGCCCAGAGUUAG